AUGGGAUGGAAUCCACUAAAGUAUUUCAGCAACACGUCGGCAGUGCUGGUAGACCCAUCGCCGCCGUGUGGCAGCAGUACGCUCCAGCUCCGAGUCAUCACUCACAAUAUCCGCUACGCAACUUCGGACCCCUUCACCAACGAGAAACCAUGGCCGGAGCGGCGGUCCCUUGUUCUCAAUCAGCUUCAGCAUGAGCUUCGGCCCGAUGGUCUCAUUCUACCUGUUGCAGGUCUGGCGGGAACUCCCUCGUCGCAGGGAUUGGGGUCUUUCAUAUGCCUCCAGGAGGUUCUCCAUGGCCAGCUGGUUGAUAUUCUAAACACCUUGAACGGGAAUCCGAGCCAUAGCGCUGACAAACCGCCUGUCGGUCCGAUCUGGGCUCAUAUCGGUGUUGGCCGGGACGACGGCAGGACAAAGGGCGAAUAUAGUCCGAUCCUCUACCCGGUGAAGCUGUUCAAGCUGCUUCAUUACGAGCCAGUGUGGUUGAGCCCAACCCCAGAUCGGCCCAGCAAAGGAUGGGAUGCUGGAUCGAUUCGCAUCUUGACCGUUGGUGUUUUCGAACACAUUCAGACAAAGCAGAGGCUUGUUGCUUCCAAUACUCAUCUCGACAAUGCGGGCUCUAAAAGCCGCGAGGAAAGCAUCAAGAUUAUCUUGUCAACCCUCAAGCGUGUUCACGAGGACUGGAGUAGAGACACAGCUAGAAUUGGCAUCUUCCUCGCAGGGGACUUCAACUCGUUCACAACGCAGGAGGCAUAUAUCGCCAUCAAGGCGAGCGGGUACAUGGUUGACAUACACGAUGAGGUGGAGGAGGAGAACCGCUAUGGAGACAUCAUCACCUUCACCGGAUUUGAACCCGAUAAAGACAAGGAUGAGCAAGGUAGGAUAGAUUUCCUUUUCCUUGGACCUUGCGAUGGAUCAAGUCAGCAUAGUGAGCUUGGGACCUUCCCGUGGGAGGUAGAGGGUUAUGCAGUUCUGCCAAACCUGUUUGAAGCAAACGUCUAUUUGAGCGACCAUAGGGCAGUGGUCGGUGACUUCAAACUUCAAACUUGA